AUGGCGCGCACACCAGGCCUCCUGGGGCCUCUGCUGGGCCUGGGCCUGAUGCUGGCCCUGAGCCUGCCGGGGGCGCAGGCUGCGGACUGUGGGUCGCUUGGCCCGGCAGUGAGCCUGACCUUCGCACCGGCAGCCAGGGACCGGUGGCUGGCCCCUCGCACGCGCGCUCCAGGGCCCCUGGACCACCUCUACGGCACCGUGCGUCGCUUCCUCUCCAUUGUGCAGCUCAACCCCUUCCCCACCGAGCUGGUGAGGGCCCUGCUGAGUGAGCCAGCUUCCGUGAAGGUGGACGAGGUGGUGCGGUACGAGGCUGGCUACGUGGUGUGCGCUGUCAUCGCGGGCCUCUGCCUCCUGGUGGUGCCCACUGCAGGGCUUUGUUUCUGUUGUUGCCGUGGCCACCGGCCUUGUGGGGGCCCAGUGAAGACGGAGCACAAGGAGCUGGCCUGUGAGCGAGGCACCCUCAUGACCUUCCUGCUGCUGACCACCCUCGUGCUGCUGAUUGGCGUUGUCUGUGCCUUUGUCACCAACCAGCGUGUGCAUGAGCAGAUGGGCCCCAGCGCCGAGGCUGUGCCUGAGACGCUGCUCAGCCUCCGGGACCUGGUCUCUGAUAUCCCCCAGGAGCUGCAGGCUGUGGCACAGCAGUUCUCCCUUCCCCAGAAUCGCGUCUUGGAGGAGCUGGAUGGUGUUGCCAAGAGCAUCGGGAGCACGAUCCACAGCCAGCUCAGGAGCACAGUACAUGGAAUGCUGGCCUCACUGCUCAGCCUGGGCCAGGCCCUACAGGUCUCCGUGGACCACCUCCGAGCCCUGAACGCCACCCUAGUGGAGCUGCAGGAGGGGCAGCAGGACCUGGAUCGGGCUGUUUUGGUGCACAGAGAGCGCCUCCAAGACCUGCUGCAGGAGCCCAGCUGCCAGGGCUGUGCAGAGGCCCUGAGCCAGGCCCGGGGUCUGGAGCUGGGAGCUGACUUCAGCCAGGUGCCCCACGUGGACGAUGUCCUACAUCGCCUGAAGGGUAUCCCAGAGGCCAACUUCUCCAGCAUGGUCCAGGAGGAGAACAGCACCUUUAACAGCCUCCCGCAGCUGGCUCCCUUGCAGCUGGCUGACGUGGUCAAAGAGCUGAAGAAGGCGGUGGCCCAGCAGCCUGGAGGGCUGAAGACACUGGCCAAAGCAUUUCCGAACUGGGAGGCGGCCUCUCGCUGGAGCCAGGCUCUGGAGAAGCUGGAGAACAGCAGUCGCCCCUACCUGAAGGAGGUGCAGAGAUACGAGAAAUACAGGUGGAUCGUGGGCUGCGCGCUGUGCUCUGUGGUCCUGCUUGUGGUGGUCUGUAACCUGGUGGGCCUCAACCUGGGCAUCUGGGGGCUGUCUGCCUGGCAGGACCGCAGCCACUUGGAAGCCAAGGGCAGGACUGGAGCCCGCAUCCUCAUGGUCGGGGUGGGCCUCAGCUUCUUCUUCGCUGCGCCCCUCAUCCUCCUCGUCUUCUCCACCUUCCUGGUGGGCGGCAACGUGCAGACCCUGGUGUGCCGGAGCUGGGAGAGCGGGGAGCUCUACGAGUUUGUUGACACCCCGGGAAACUUGCCCUCGUCCAUGAACUUGUCCCACCUUCUUGGUCUGAAGAAGAACAUCAGUAUCCUCCUGGCCUAUCAGCAGUGCAGGGAAAGGGCUCCACUCUGGAAGGUCCUGCAGCUCAACGACUCCUAUGACCUGGACACGUACCUGGAUAUGAGCCAGUAUGUGGCCGACCUGAAGGAGAAAUUUCAGAACUUCAAAGUGGACAUGAAGAAUCUGGACCUGCUGAGCCCAGCUGGCCUCCAGGACCUGAAGGCCCUGCAGAGCAGUGGGCUCGGAAACAUCCACUACCCUGGCUUCCUCAUCCAGAUCCAGAAGCCGGUGGUGAACACCAGUGUGGAGAAGCUGGCCCACGAUCUGGAGGAACUGGCCCACUCUCAGGGCAGCUCUGUGCUGGGGACGCAGCUGCAGGAGGAGGCCCACGGGCUCAGGAACCUCUACCAGGAGAAGGUCCUCCCCCAGCAGAGCCUCGUGGCCAAGCUCAACAGCAGUGUCAGGGCCCUGGCGUUCUCGGCGCCAAACCUCCAGCUGGAGACCUCAGCUGUCCUGGACAGGGUCAGCUACCUAAAAGAAGAGCUGCCUGCCCGGGCCACUGGUAUCCUGAGGAAUGAAAGUAGGUGCUUCCUGACCCGGGAGAUGGGCUACUUCUCCCAGUACCUGGCCUGGGUGAGAGAGGAGGUGACUCAGCACAUUGCCACCUGCCAGCCCCUGGCUGGAGCCCUGGACAAUGGCCGUGUGAUCCUGUGUGACAUGAUGGCUGACCCCUGGAAUGCCUUCUGGUUCUGCCUGGCGUGGUGCACCUUCUUUCUGGUCCCCAGCAUCAUCUUUGCCAUCAAGACCUCCAAAUACUUCCAUCCCAUCUGGAAACGCCUCAGCUCCAGCAGCUCUGAGGAGACCCAGCUCUUCCACAUCCCCAGGGUCACCUCCCUGAAGCUGUAGGACCCCCUGGGGGCUUUGCUAGCUGCAAGGUGAUGCCCGGGGCUGCCGCCUCCCCCUUCGACUUGGCCUGGACCAGAGGACUUCUGUUGCUCUCGCCCCCAGAGCCCAGGCCACGUGCAGGCCUGGACUGUCCCCACUCCCAGCAUCCUGACCCCAUCUUCCUGUUCCUUUACCACCCUGUCUGCUCAUGACCCUCGUUAUUCACACUUGCUGCUGAGCUCCGGAGCCCAUAGGUUCUCCAAGUGCCUGUUCCUUCUCCUCCUCCCAGUGGCAUGUCCGCACAAGACAACCCUGUUCUCAGCCCCUCGGGGGACAGAGGCCCUGCCCACCCCACUCUGUCAUCAUCCACCCCUCCCCCUG